UGAUACACGCCAACCGCCAUUUCUCUGUUACGCUUAUCACUAUAACAAACCUUCUCUCCCUCCCCCUAUCUCUCUCUCUCUCUCUCCAUUCUUUAUUCUCUCUCUAGGGUUUUGCCCCUUUCACACACACCUACCCUUUUCUUCUUCUCCCCCCAAAAAGGUCUUAAGAGGCUGAGAAAGGCAUCCGGGUUUUGUUUAUUUUAUGUUGGAGUUCAUUCAUACGGCUCCAUGUAUGGAUUGGUUGAACGGGCUUGAACCUGACAUGUCCGUGAAGGUCCUAACUUGUUUGGACAAUCCAAAGGAUCUUGUUCGAAUUAGUACUGUCUCAUGCACUUGGCGUCAAAUUGUGGUAGAAAAUGGUCUGUGUAAGAAGCUUUGCUUGAGAAUGUUUCCUCAGUUAUCCAGAGUUGGUCAUGUGAUCGAGUCAAACAACUCUGAUGCCAAAGAUUACGCAGAAGUUGGAUCUAGCAAUUCAAAGGAAUGGGACACGUUGGAAAGGGAGCAUAGAGUCUAUGCCUUCUUAGCUCAUGCUUGUACAUCUUUCCCUGAGGGGGAUUGCAUUUCAAAGGCAAUCAGUGCUUCCAGCACUGACAAUUAUCCAGAGGAAAGCAUUGAACAUACUCUAGUGUUUAGUGUUGCGCGGAGAGCUUCAUACUGGUCAAGUAAAGGCCAAAAGAACCCUGCAGUGCCUGAGAUGCUGACAUACAAGUUGAAGUCUGAUUUUGUUAUAAUUACUGAAAUCAACAUACAUCCUUUCAAAGCUUACUUCCAGCAUGGGUCACCCAUAUAUUCUGCCCGUGGUGUUCGAUUUCGUAUGGGGCAUGCCAAAUUCCCUAUUGUAGAGAUUGACCCCAUGGAGGAAUCAUGCCAUGACGACAAGUUUGAGUGGACUCACACUUCGCAAGUGUUCCCAAUGGCUCAGAAAAACUGCUUGCAGACAUUCAAGCUUCCAGAACCAGUUCUUUGCAUAGGUGGAUUCUUGCAGAUUGAGUUAGUGGGGAGGGUUCAGAGACAAGAAAUGGAUGACCUGUUCUAUAUAUGCGUGUCUCACGUUCAAGUCAAGGGGAAGUCACUAGGACCUGCAUUUAGUGUUGAAACCAAUGUACCAUCUGGGCUGUUUGUGUUGAAGAGACAAACUAAGUUCAACCAACCAAGCUUACCUGAGAAUGAGUCCAAUGCUAUCUCCACUGGUGAUUUGGAGAGACACGGUAGAGAAAUGCUGCCCAUUGUGAAUGUGCUGCGUGCAAAUGUAGAUUUUGAGGAAUAUUAUGAAUGAGCUGAUGCCGAUUAUGAGACAGACGAGGAGUUUGCUGUCUAAAUUAUUUAUAUGCUUUUCAUUUUUCUAUAAAUCAAUUGGAUAGCAGCCCCAUAUGUGUCUACUUUUCUCGAGUGCUAUAGACUCACAGUGAGAGUGAGUGUCAUAAACUGUUGGUGUAGCUAUCUACCUAAGGUAUUAUACAAGUAUUAGUUGUUAUAUAAUGUAUCCUAAUAUUUAAGAAUCUGCUUGAUGGUGCUCUGGGUUUUGGGUGGUGUCCGACACCUAAAAUGUCAUCCUCAAUUCCCUUCUUAAAUUAUUUUUUGUAGUCCA